AUGGCGGACGUCUCCCAAGCAAGGCUUGUUUACUUUGGGAACGAGUUCCCCAGCGAUGACCUGAACGACUUGUUCCGCAAACUACUCCAGCACAGUAAAGACCGUAGAUUCCGCUCGCUCUCUGCAUUUCUUGACGAGGCCACUCUUGUCCUCCAGGAGGAAGUUGCAAAACUCCCCCACAACACAAGAAGCCAAGUCCCUCACUUUGACAACAUCGUUACCCUUGCGGAAAAUGGAUACCUUCGAGAACUCGGACUUGGAGCCGCGAUGGAGAGUGCUCUGCUGAUUGUGCUCCAGAUCGGCUUGUUCAUUGGGCACUACGAAGCGACGGACGCAGAGCUGGAUCUGCACAAGGACCGGACUUCCCUGGCCGGCCUCAGCGUCGGUCUCUUCUCCGGCGCGGCCGUGGCCCUCUCUGCGUCUCUCGCAGAGGUGGUCAAGAACGCCGCAGAGUGCUUGCGAGUUUCCUUUCGGCUAGGCGUCUACGUUGGCGAGUUCAGCAGCAAGCUGGAAGCACCGCAGCCAGACGGGAUCCUCGAGAGUUGGGCCCACGUCAUCACGGGCAUGUCUGAAGAAUCCGCAAACGAAGAGCUGUCAAGGAUCAACGGAGAGCUCGGCAAUCCCGAAAUCUCAAAAGUCUUCAUCAGCGCCGCCGACAAGGUGUCGGUCAGUCUGAGCGGGCCGCCGUCUCGCAUCAAGGCUGCUUUCCAGCAUUCAAGCAGCUUCCGAUACUCCAAGUCUCUGCCUCUGCCCGUCUACGAUGGCCUUUGCCACGCCGAGCACCUGUACGGGAAGGAUGACAUCGACGCCGUCGUCGACAGCGAGAACUCUCUUGUUGCCUUGUCACGGAAGCUACAGCUUCCCCUUAUUUCCUCCAAGACUGGUAAACCGUUUCUGGCCACCACGGCUGGUCAGCUGCUGCCAGAGAUUGCCGCCGAGUUGAUUACUGGAACCAUCCAUCUCGACGAGGUGACUGGGGGUAUAGUCCACCAUGUCGACUCCGGUUCUGGUCCUCGAGCGUUGCGAAUCGACACGUUCCGCACCUCCAUUGUCUUCAAGGGCAUCCUGGAGACUCUCGAAAAGACGCUCCCCGGCAUUCGAAUCUCGAAGAGCGACAUGGUCAACUGGGUUCAUCAAGACUUUGGAACUCGACGGGCAAGCAGUGUCGGAAACGCCAAACUUGCCGUCGUCGGCAUGGCGUGCCGUAUGCCCGGCGGAGGUAAUGACCCGGAACUGUUUUGGGAAUUGCUCGAGCAAGGCCGUGACGUCCACACCACGGUUCCUGCGGAUCGGUUUGAUCUUGAGACCCAUUACGAUCCUUCUGGCAACACUGAGAACGCCGCGACCACACCCUUCGGCAACUUUAUCGACCGCCCUGGCUUCUUCGAUGCGGGGUUUUUCACCAUGUCUCCAAGAGAGGCUGAACAGACAGAUCCCAUGCAGCGCCUUGCCCUCACAACGGCAUACGAAGCCAUGGAGAUGGCUGGCCUAGUUCCUGGCCGUACCGCCUCGACUCGUCGCGAGCGUGUCGGAACCUUCUACGGCCAAGCGAGCGAUGACUGGCGAGAGCUCAAUGCUUCGCAGAACAUUGGCACGUAUGCCGUCCCGGGAGGUGUCCGAGGCUUCACGACGGGACGUAUAAACUACUUCUUCAAGUUUGCCGGGCCAUCCUUCUGCGUCGACACAGCUUGCUCCAGCUCCAUGGCUGCAGUUCACCAGGCCUGCAUGUCUCUCUGGGCCGGCGAGACGGACACCGCUAUUGCUGGGGGCGUAAACAUCAUCACCGACCCGGACAACUAUGCAGGUCUGGGCAACGCCCACUUCUUGUCCAAGACGGGACAGUGCAAAGUUUGGGACAAGGACGCCGACGGAUACUGCAGAGCCGAGGGCAUCGGAUCCAUCGUCAUCAAACGUUUGGAGGAUGCCGAGGCUGACAAUGACAACAUCCUCGCCGUCGUGCUGUCUGCCGCGACUAAUCACUGCGCAGAUGCCAUCUCGAUAACACACCCACAUGCCGGACACCAAAAGGACAACUAUCGUCGCGCUCUUCAGAGAGCUGGGGUGAAUCCGCUCGACGUCAGCUUUGUUGAGAUGCACGGCACCGGAACUCAGGCCGGCGACGCGAUUGAGUCGGAGUCCGUUCUGGACGUCUUUGCCCCGACCAAGCCUCGCCGGCGUGCAGAUCAGAAGCUCCUCCUCGGAGCAGUCAAGAGUAAUAUCGGCCACGGAGAAGCAGCUGCCGGCAUUUCCUCACUCAUCAAGGUUCUCCUGAGCUUCCAGAAGAGUGCCGUUCCUCCCCACGUUGGCAUCAAAACACACAUCAAUCCCACGAUACCAAAGGACCUUGAUCGAAGAAACGCCGGUCUGGCCAUGAAAAUGACGGCCUGGCCUCGGCCGCAAGGAAAGAAGCGUAUUGCCAUGGUAAACUCGUUUGGCGCCCACGGCGGCAACACCACGCUGCUCCUCGAAGAUGCCCCGGAGAGACACAGACCUCGCGCCAGCCCCGAGAGCGCAGACGGGCGUGCUCUGCACCCAAUUGUCGUCUCGGCCAGAAGCAAGAAGUCGCUGCAGGCCAACGUCCAGGCUCUCCUGGCCUUUCUGGAGAAGAACCCGGGCGUCGAUGUGGCUGAUUUGUCCUACACCACUUGCGCGAGACGCAUGCACCACAGCUUGCGCGUUGCCACCACGGUUUCGAGCAUCUCUGGGCUUCGGAAAUUCCUUGGUGCUGCCGUGGAAAACAAGGCCGCAUCCGAAGCCAAGCCCAUCCCGCCAAGUCCCCCCUCGGUCGUGCUCACAUUCACCGGCCAAGGUGCUUCCUACAAGGGCAUCCGGCAAGACCUGCUUGACGAGAUGCCGUAUUUCCGCGACCAGGUCCGGCAGCUCGACCAGCUCGUCCAGCGGCUUGGUUUCCCGUCCGUUACCCCUGCCAUUGCCGGUAGCGACGACGAUGAGGUCUUGUCCCCCGUCAUCAGCCAGCUCAGCAUUGUUGUCCUGGAGAUUUCUCUCGCCCGGUUCUGGGCAUACAUGGGAGUGAAGCCAAGUGCCGUGAUCGGCCACAGCCUUGGUGAAUAUGCUGCUCUCGCCGUCGCCGGCGUUCUGUCUGCCGCCGAUGCCCUCUAUCUCGUCGGCCGCCGCGCACAGAUUACCGAGAAGCGCUGCAGCGCCCACAGCCACGCCAUGCUCUCGGUCCUGGGAGCCCCUGACGAGAUUGACAGGGUGUUGAAGAGCGAUGCCGAGACUGAAGCUAUCCGGUACGAGGUUUCGUGCCAGAACACACACACGGACACGGUGCUCGGGGCUUUGAGGGCUGACAUCGACGCCAUCCGCAAGGCUCUCGAGGCAAAUGCAUUCAAGUGCGUGUCUCUGGAGAUCCCCUUUGCUUACCACACGUCUCAGAUGGACGCUGUAGUCGACGAGCUGGAAGCUCUGGCCCGGACGGUUCCCUUCAAGGCCCCCAGCAUUCCCGUUCUCUCCACCAUGCUCGGGGCUGUUGUCUUUGACGGGAAGACAAUCGCCGCCGGUUACCUGAGACGUCAGACUCGUAAUUGCGUCAAGUUUGCGGCAGCAACCGAGGCGGCUCGGGACCUUGGCGUCGUCGACGAGAACACGAUCUGGAUCGACGUCGGUCCUCACCCUGUCUGUGUCGGCUUCGUCAAGAAGCUCAUCCCACAGGCAAGGACCGGAUCGUCUUGCCGACGCAACGAGGGCAGCAUGGCCACCGUCGCCAAGACUUUGGUUACCCUUCAUCUCGCCGGCAUCACGCCUCACUGGAGCGAGUACUAUAGAGCCAACGAGAAGGCCUACGCUUUGCUCAACCUUCCCAAGUACUCUUGGAAUGAGACAAACUACUGGAUCCCGUACUACGGCACAUGGACUCUAGACAAGGCCCAUCUCAAGCAUGGAGCCCGGCCGGGAAACAGUCGUGUCGGCCCGGCAUCUGCUUCGUCCGGGCUUCGGACCUCGACCAUUCACCAGAUCACGAAUGAGGUCAUCGGGGAUGCCGGAGCACGUCUACACACACUUUCGGACAUGCAGCAUCCGGAAUUCCGCGAAGCCGUGUACGGUCACACCAUGAACAGGUGCGGAGUUGCGACGUCAUCCAUCUGGACAGACAUGGCCUUGGCUGUCGGCGAAUAUCUGUACAAGAAGCUGCAGCCACAAGUCAAGGACGUACACAUGAACGUCUGCAAUCUCGAGGUCCUCCACGCCCAGGUCGCCAGCAAAGUCAAAGGCGCCUGGCAGCCCCUCGCCCUCGAAGCCGAUCUGGACCUGGACAAGCAGUACAUGUCGCUUGCCUGGUUCAACGUCAACCCGGACACGGCAGAGCGCGAGGCCGAGCACUUCGCAACCGCCGGAGUGCGGUUCGAGGACGCGGCAAGCUGGACGGCCGAGUGGAAUCGUUCCACACACCUGGUUCUCGGGCGGAUCGAGGCUCUCCAGCAACUCGCCAACGACAACAAGGCCAACCGCAUCUCCAAGCGUAUGGCGUACACCCUGUUCAAGAACGUGGUAGACUACUCGGAGCAGUACCGCGGCAUCGACAGCAUGAUCCUCCACGAAUACGAGGCCGUGGCCGACGUGACCCUCGUCAACGAUCGUCACGGCACCUGGCACACACCUCCUCACUGGAUCGACAGCGUCUGCCACCUCGCCGGCCUCAUCAUGAACGGCAGCGAUGCGUCAGACACCGAAGACUACUUCUACGUCACGCCCGGCAGUGACAGUCUGCGCCUCCUCAAGCCCCUGCAGGCAGGUGGGAGAUACAAGAGCUACGUCCGCAUGUUCCCGCUCCCGGCCAAGGCCGGAAACAUGCACGCCGGCGACGUGUACAUCUUGCAGGACGACAUCAUCGUCGGCGUCCUGAGCCAGAUCCGCUUCCGCCGUGUGCCCCGGCUCCUGAUGGACCGCUUCUUCUCCCCCCCUGCUUCGAACAAGGCCGGGAGCGGCGACGCUGCCGAGAAGACGCCUCCCGCCGCCCCCCGUCCCAAGAAAGAUGCGGCAAUUGCACCCCCUAAAGCUGCUGGACCUGCGCGCAAGCCAGCUCCCGCGGCUCCCGAGGCAGCUGCGCGGGCCGAGGAGUCGAUUCCGUCCUCGUCCAGCACCAGCGACGCCAGCCCCGAGAUUCUCACGCCCCCAGACGCGGCAGAUUUGGACGCAGGUGUGGUGGGCCAGUGCAUUCAAAUCAUUGCUCGCGAGACCAACCUCGACAUGAGCGAGCUGACGCCGGACGCUACCUUUGCCCAGCUCGGCGUCGACUCCCUCAUGUCCCUGGUCCUCUCGGAGAAGUUUCGUAAUGAACUCGGGAUCGACGUCAAGAGCUCCCUGUUUCUGGAAUGUCCCACCAUCGGCGAGGUCAGGGAAUGGAUUGAUCAAAACUGCUGA